AUGACAAACCCGAGGGACGAUCGUUUGUUCUCAAACCUUUCCAAGGCCCGCAAAAGCCCUCCUGGAGGGGAUUCUCAAAAUAGUGGUUUUUUUCAGACGGGACAGGGUGGGCGAACUGUGCUCCCUCCUCUUUCUUCAGCGUUUCCAACCUCACCCUCUUCAGUUCCCAACUAUCCUCCAUAUUCUCAGCAACGUUCAUCCCCUGGAAAAAGUGAUCAUAGUUCUUCGAGCUAUGGUCAGUGGCCUUCUACGGUAACAGUUCCCCCACAGCAUUCCAGUUAUUAUGAACAACACUAUGACCGAUACCCUCAAACUCAAUACCCAAGUUAUCCACCGCGUAGUUCGCCGACGAUCCCGGUCGAUUCCCACGGCUCUCGCAAGCUGCCUCCAUUAAAUAUGCCCGAUAGAUAUCAGGGUAAUUACGGGGCAGUCGCACCUCUUGUCUCCAACUAUGGUGAUAUUCGCUCGCCGACCGCAACCUAUCCUACCGAGUAUGCUCCUUAUCCAAAUCAAAACUCAUACUCAUAUCCCCCCGUCCCCGAUCCACGUCAUCAUUCGAGUCAACUCCCAUCGAUGCACCACUCGCCGCAGAUGUCAAUGGGCAUGUACCCAUCCGAGCGCGGUAUGCCUACGCAAGUCGAGGCUCAUGGUCCUUCUCCCUAUGCCCGAGGGCCAAUCACCAAUUCUGCACUAACACAAGAACCUGCUCAAAUGAUGGAUAACGAGCAACCUGCCAUCAAGAAAAAGCGUAAGAGAGCUGACGCAGCCCAGCUCAAAGUCCUGAAUGAGACAUACGCUCGCACUGCGUUUCCUUCUACUGAAGAACGCGCAGAGCUCGCAAAGAAAUUAGACAUGUCAGCCCGCAGCGUUCAGAUCUGGUUUCAAAAUAAACGACAGUCAAUGAGACAGACUACCCGGCAGUCGUCGACAUCAGUGUCGACUCCGCAUCAACCAUUUAGCAUGUCAUCUCAAACAGAUGAAGUGUCGCAUACUUCAUUUGGUGGCAGCAGUAUUAGUCCCACGUCUGUUUCACAUACAUCAUACAUUCCACGAUCGAGUCAGGACGCCCGGUCAGUGGUGCAGGACAGUCGGUCACCUAUCCCCCAUCGGCGCGAAGAAGAUCCCCGCAAAUGGCAGCAGCCUGGUCGCUACUGA